AUGGUAGCACAAAAAACUGUUUCUCAAAAAAAAUUUAUAAACAUAAUUAUGGAGGAGUGGGAAGCUCUUGAAAAAAAUACAAUAGUUAACAACAUCAACAGCAUGCAAAGUCAGUUUCAAACAUGUAUUAAUGCUGAAG